AUGGCUGUCGGUCCCGCUGCCACCUCCAGUGCCGCCCAGGGCUUCAUGCACCUGGUCGACCCCAACAGGAAGUGGUACAACAACAAGAGAAUCAUCGCCCUCAAUGGCUGGCUCGUCCUCCUCCUCAUCACCUCCUCCGGCAACGGUUUCGACGGCAGUCUCAUGAACAGUCUCCAGUCCAUGUACCAGUGGAAGGGCUUCUUCAACGACCCCCAAGGUGGCACUCUCGGUCUCCUCAACGCUAUCCAGAACAUCGGCGCCCUUGGCGGCUACCCAUUCGCGCCCUACCUUUCUGACGGCCUUGGUCGCAGACCCACCGUCUGGAUUGGCGCGGUAUGCAUGAUCGCAGGUGUUGCCCUCCAGACUGCGUGCCAGAACAUCAACCAGUUCAUUGGUGCUCGUUUCCUCAUCGGCUUCGGUCUCAGUAUUGCGAGCAACGCCGCGCCCAUGCUGGUCACCGAGAUGUCGUACCCCGUCUACCGUCCGCAACUCUCGGCACUCUACAACACCCUCUGGUAUUCUGGGAACAUUGUCGCGUCCUGGACUUCUUUCGGCACUGCGCGGAUCAACAACGACUGGUCUUGGCGUAUCCCUUCCCUGCUCCAGGCCAUCCCCGCCCUCUUCCAGUUCUUCCUCAUCUGGUUCGUUCCGGAGUCCCCGCGUUUCCUCAUAAGCAAGGGCAAGGAGACCCAGGCGCUCAAGACGCUCGCAUACUACCACGCCGAUGGCGACGAGCAGGACCCGCUCGUCCAGUACGAGUUCGAGGAGAUCAAGGCCGCCAUCGCCCUCGACAGGGAGUCGUCCCGCAAUGUCGGCUGGAAGGCGCUCGUCGCCACCCGCGGCAACCGCAAGCGCAUUGCCAUCAUCAUUGCCAUCGCCUGGUUCUCGCAGUGGUCCGGCAACGGCCUCGUGUCCUACUACCUCAAUCAGGUGUUCAACACGAUCGGCAUCACCAACACCGACACCCAGCUGCUCAUCACCGGCAUUCUCGCCAUCUGGAACCUCUGCUGGGCCGUCUUCGCGUCCUUCCAGGUCGACCGCUGGGGCCGUCGCUUCCUCUUCCUCACCUCCGCCAUCGGCAUGUGCGUGUUCUUCACGCUCCAGACCAUCUGCUCGGCGCAGUACGCGCUCCACGGAAACCAGGCAGCGGCGCACGCGGUCAUUGCGUUCAUCUUCCUGUUCUACGCGUUCUAUGACCUUGCGUUCACGCCCCUCAUCGUCUCCUAUACGCUCGAGAUCCUGCCGUACUCGCUCCGUGCCAAGGGCUUCAACGUCUUCAACUUCACGAUCUCCGUCGCCCUCAUCUUCAACCAGUACGUCAACCCGAUCGCCCUUAAGGCUAUCGCCUGGAAGUACUACAUCGUGUACUGCGUCUGGCUCGCGUUCGAGGUCGUCAUCCUCUACUUCUUCAUCGUCGAGACCAAGAACCGCACCCUCGAGGAGACCGCCGCGCUGUUCGACGGCGAGGAGCUCGACAAGCUCCACCAGGCCACCGCCAAGGUCGCCGAGAUCCGCCACGAAGACUACGACGAAAAGUCCUCGGACGCGGCCGCGCACGUCUAA